CAGCACGAAACCAGGGUCGAUCCACAAUUCUCAUUGAGUCUCAAAUGGUUUCGGACGCUCCACAGUCAUGAUUCGAAGUGGAUCGAUGGCUCUCGAUUGCUAAGCAUCCCGUUGUCCUGGUAGCAAUGCCGUAUAUAAAGGCCUGAGUACCCCGGGAGCAUCGAGACCAUUAAACAACGAUACCACUGAGUACUCAGCCCAUAACCAACCAAUAAACACAAUGGCUGCUUCCGAUUACAAGUUCGAGGGCUGGAUGGGCCUGGACGCCUCGUCCGUCAAGGGCAACAUGGUCUGGCAAGGCUUCGAGCCCAAGCCUUGGGAGGAAACCGAUGUCGAUAUCAAGGUCUCCCACUGCGGUAUCUGCGGAUCCGACUUGCACACUCUCGGCAGCGGAUGGGGCCCCACCAUCUACCCCUGCUGUGUCGGUCACGAAAUUGUCGGUGUCGCCGUCCGUGUCGGCUCCCAGGCCGAGGGUGACAUCAAGGUUGGAGAUCGUGUCGGUGUCGGUGCUCAGAGCGACUCUUGCCGCGGCCGCAACGGUGACUGCGAGGAGUGCGCCUCCGGUCUCGAGCAGUACUGCCGCCACGGCAUGGUUGGCACCUACAACGGUGUCUACCAGAACGGCGGCAAGUCUUAUGGCGGUUACUCCCUCUACCACCGCUCUCCCUCUCGCUUCGUCAUCAAGAUUCCCGACGGAAUCUCCUCCGCCCACGCUGCCCCCAUGCUUUGCGGUGGUAUCACCGUGUACUCUCCCCUGAAGCACUACGGAUGUGCUCCCGGCAAGCGUGUCGGUAUCAUCGGUGUUGGUGGUCUCGGUCACUUCGGUAUCAUGUUCGCCAAGGCCCUUGGUGCUGCCAAGGUUGUUGGUAUCUCUCGCAAGGCCAACAAGAGGGAGGACGCCCUGAAGCUUGGCGCUGAUGCCUACAUCGCCACGGAUGAGGACGCCGACUGGGCCAAGAACAACGCCCGCUCUCUCGAUCUGAUUGUCUCGACCGUCUCCUCUUCCAAGGUAUGUGUCCCUCAGUCUCGCGACAUCACAAUAUGCUAACAGUUGUAGAUGCCCAUGUCCGACUAUGCCGCUCUCCUCGACCUUGACGGUAGCUUCGUCCAGGUCGGUGCCCCCGAGGACGGCGCCCUUACCAUCCCCGCUUUCUCUUUGAUCGCCAAGCGUCUCAAGCUCGGAGGUUCCCUGAUCGGAGGCCCCAACG